CGGGGCCUGCUGACCCACGUCUACGUUUCCCCUCACUACGUCGUUACCGUUGGCCCUAAUGUCCGCGCUCCCGUCGUGCACGUGGAAAUCCUCUCCGUAGACCCCGCGACAGAGGAAGCCGGGCUGAUAACCCCCCAGACGAGCGUGACGAUUACGGAGGUGAUGACGCUAGAGCGGUACAGGCUCUUAACAGAGGACACGGCAGAAAUUCCCGUGGCGGGGCUGGACGAUGUGGGAGAGUCUCUGAAGGAGAUGGUCGACCUGCCGUUCCGUUUCCCGAGGACGUUUAAGAAGCUGGGGCUUUCCGUCCCCAACGGGGUGCUGCUGGUCGGCCCUCCGGGGGUGGGGAAGACGCUCCUGGUGAAGGCAGUGGCAAAGGAGGUGGGUGCGUAUCUGCUGUGCGUCAGCGGCCCUGCGCUGUACGGCUCCAGGCCGGGGGAAAGCGAGGAGAAUUUGCGAAGCAUCUUUGAAAAGGGCAGGGAGAUGUCCUGUGAAGGGCCGACCGUGCUCUUUAUUGAUGAGAUCGAUGCGUUGUGCCCGAAGCGAGGGAGCUCCAGCAACGCUCCUGAGGAUCGCCUUGUCGCUCAGUUGCUGACACUGCUGGACGGUGCUGGUUGUAAGGAUAGGAUGGUGGUUGUGGCAGCAACAAACAGGCCUGACGCCUUGGAUCCUGCGCUGAGAAGGCCGGGCAGGUUUGACAGAGAAGUUAUUAUUGGGACACCAACGCUUACACAGAGGAGAUCCAUCCUGCAGAUGCUCACCUGUAGCAUGCCCAUUUCUACAGACAUUGAUUUGGUUAAGCUGGCAGAAAUGACAACUGGGUAUGUUGGAGCUGACCUUACAGCGCUCUGCAGAGAAGCUGCUAUGCAGGCUGUGUUCCACAGCUCUUUGGAUUCAGCUGAAGUGCUAAUUAACAUGGCAGAUUUCCAAGAAGCUUUUAAAAAAAUUCAGCCAUCCUCUUUUCGAGGUGCAAUUGGAUUCAAAGAGUGUAAACCCAUCACUUGGGAGCAGAUUGGUGGUCUUGAAGAUGUGAAGUUGAAGUUAAAACAGAGUGUGGAGUGGCCCAUGAAAUUUCCUCAGGCAUUUGUGAGGAUGGGCCUGGCUCGUCCAAAGGGUGUUCUUCUCUAUGGACCAUCAGGGUGUGCCAAAACCACACUGGUGAAGGCUGUGGCCACAAGUUGUCACUGUUUCUUUCUCUCUGUAAGUGGUGCUGAACUGUUCUCACCUUAUGUUGGAGAUUCAGAGAAGAUUUUAUCUCAGGUUUUCCGCCAAGCGAGAGCAAAUUCUCCAGCAAUAGUCUUCCUGGAUGAAAUUGAUUCUAUCUUGGGAUCUCGAUCACAUGGUAAAACUGGCCAUGGUGUCUCAGAGCGGGUGCUGUCUGUUCUUCUCAAUGAGUUGGAUGGUGUUGGACUGAAAGUCACGGAAAGAAGAGGAAAUAAACUACAGCUUGAGGGGAGAUGUGAGGAACUAAGUGAUGAGGAAAGAGAGCUAGAGUUUCAGGAAACUUUGAGCAGAGAUGUCAUGGUAGUUGCUGCAACAAAUAGGCCAGAUAUGUUGGAUGAUGCCUUACUGCGUCCUGGAAGAUUAGACAGAGUGAUCUAUAUUCCUCCUCCAGAUCUAAAGGGAAGGCUUUCCAUUUUGAAAGUCUGCACAGAGAAAAUUCCAUUAGAUACUGACGUGUCACUGCAAGAUAUAGCAGCCCUAACAGACUUCUUCUCUGGAGCUGAUAUUGAAAAUCUAUGCAAGGAGGCUGCCUUGCUGGCAUUGCAGGAGAAUGGACUUGAAGCAACUGCUGUAAAACAGGAACACUUUGUGAAAUCAUUGGAAACUGUAAAGCCAUCUUUAAGCAUGAAAGACUUGGAAUUUUAUGAAGAACUUAUAGUCAAGAAUUAACCUCUUGAAUCAUAAAGGAAUUAUGUGGCCUGAGUGUUAUUAAAUAUGUCACGGGAACAGAUUUGCAGUCUUUUACCUCUUCUGCUUUUUUGUACUGUAUUUAUUAACAUUUUCAAUUUGUAUGAAAUACAGUAAAAGUUCACUUUUGAAAAAUCUG